AUGUCUACUCCUAAAACUGAUGUGGGUGAGUUCACUGUGUGGGAUUAUGUAGUGUUUGUGCUUAUGCUGUUAGUUUCUGCACUCAUUGGAAUGUAUCAGGCCUUUCAAGCAAGGUACCAGCAAAGCAAUGUCCAGUUUCUGCUGGGCAACAGAGAGCUGAGGGCAUUGCCUGUAGCUCUGUCCCUUGCGUCCAGCUUUAUGUCUGCAAUUACUGUGAUUGGGACACCAGCAGAGGUUUACCGGUUUGGGGCCAUGUUCUUGAUUUUCUGCAUUACAUAUGCCAUCGUGAUCACCAUCACUGCUGAACUCUUCCUGCCUGUAUUCUACAGACUCAACAUCACCAGUGCUUAUGAGUAUUUAAAUUUGAGGUACAACAAAAUAGCACGAUACGUUGGGACCUCUUUCUUCGUCACUCAAACUGUGUUGUACACUGGGAUUGUUAUUUAUGCUCCUGCACUAGCAUUGAAUCAGGUAACUGGAUUUGAUCUCUGGGGUGUUCUUGUUGCAACUGGUCUUGUCUGCACCAUUUACUGUACCCUGGGUGGUCUGAAAGCUGUGGUGUGGACUGAUGUGUUUCAGACGACAGUUAUGAUCAUUGGGUUCGUAGCAGUGAUAAUCCGAGGUGCGGUUAUUCAUGGAGGUUUUGCCAAGGUCUUGAAUAUUUCAUAUCAUGGAGGAAGACUCAACUUCUGGGACUUUGAUCCAAGCCCAGUAAGACGACACACCUUCUGGACGAUCGUGGUUGGUGGAACUUUUGUGUGGACAGCUAUUUAUGGCAUUAAUCAGUCUCAGGUUCAGCGGUACCUCUCUUGUAGAAGCCAGUUUGAGGCUAAGCUAUCUCUCUACUUCAAUUUGGUUGGUCUGUGGAUAAUAGCCAUCUGUGCAGUGUUUACUGGGCUCACUAUGUACGCUGUUUAUCACCAAUGUGAUCCCCUAACUCAGAAGAAAAUCAGAGCCUCAGACCAGUUGCUCCCAUACCUGGUGAUGGAUAUUCUGAGGGAUUAUCCUGGUGUUCCAGGACUCUUUGUGGCAGCCGCAUACAGUGGAACUUUGAGUACGGUUUCCUCUAGCAUCAAUGCAUUGGCUGCUGUCACAGUGGAGGACAUCAUCAAACCUUUCACCAGUUUAUCGGAACAGAAACUUGCUUGGGUCACAAAGGGACUCAGCUUCGCAUUUGGAAUCAUCUGCAUUGCAGUUGCUGCAUUGACAUCUGUGAUGGGUGGUGUACUGCAGGCUGCCCUCACUAUUUUUGGGAUUCUUGGUGGUCCAUUGCUUGGAAUGUUCUUUCUAGGCAUGAUAUUCCGUUGUGCUAAUUCAAUUGGUGCACUAUCUGGCCUUAGUGCCGCUUUCAUACUGACAAUGUGGAUAGGAAUUGGUGAGCAUGUCUAUCGACCACUACCUGUUCAAAGUCGACCGUUACCCCUCAGCACAGCAGGCUGCACUGAUAUCAACAUUAACAUCUCACAAUCAGCAAGAGUAACAACACAUCUCGCAUCAAACCUGACGUCUAGAUAUUGUCCCCUCAGGACCAACAAGAUACGAUUGCUGAGGAGGAGCUGGAAGCAAUAGCUGACACAGAAAAGGUCACCCC